ACAGUAAGUACAUUGUUAUUAACGAAGAACUCUGAAGGAAAAAAAAAGGUUAUAAAUCAUGUCUACCACCUAUGUACCCAAUAACAAAAAAAACCACCGAAAACGACUGCGUUUAAUAAGAAACCCUAAUUUGGUGCCGGAGUUAGAAUCGGAGAUGGCGACGGCGGAAUUAGAAUCAGAAAUCAACAAUGAUUCACUUCCGACUCUUCCUAUCGAACUCGUCGCUGAAAUCUUCUGCAGGCUACCUGUCAAACUCCUGGUACAGCUCCGAUGCAUGUGCAAGUCAUGGAAUUCUCUAAUCUCCGAUCGCAGUUUCACCAGAAAGCACCUCAGCCUCUCCACCACUCGCCGUCUCCAUUCCGCCAAAUACAAACACGAACCCGACGGGUUGGUUCACAAUUCUUAUCCACUCGAUUCGGUUUUAUCCACUGAAGUCAAACAACAGCGUCUCCCUUUCAACAGCAUCGUUGCUUCUUGUGACGGCAUCCUUUGUCUCUGUGAUAAACGUAAAGGGAUUGCUGUUUUGUGGAAUCCUUCUAUUAGAAAAUUCAAGGAAUUACCACCCCCUUUUGAAAACAUUCAAAUUCGUAAAAAGGUUUUUAUGACAUUCGGUUUCGGCUAUGAUCGCGUUUCUGAUAAUUACAAAGUGGCCGUUCUUUACUACACCGAGUUGGACACAACUAAAGGAAAAGUUCAUACUUUGGGCACCAAUUCAUGGAAAACCAGCGAGAUCUUUCGUUUUGGUGCUGUCUGUGAUGAGCAACCCGGAACAACUGUAAGUGGUACCAUUAAUUGGAUGGCCUAUACUGAAUGGCGUCGCAAAGGUCCGUUCUUCAUUGUUUCUUUUGAUUUGGGAAACGACUCUUAUCAGAAGCUUUUUCCUCCUGAUCAUGCUGAGAUCAGUCCGGAUUACUUGACAUUGUCUGUCUUGAGGGACUGCUUGUGCUUAAUUUCUGAUCAUCAUAUUUGGAUUAUGAAGGAAUAUGGAAUUCAAGACUCUUGGACUAAAUUGUUCUCGGUUUCAUACAUGCAACAUCCUACUAAGUGUUAUCUCUUGUGCAAUGCAUUGUAUAUUUUUGAGGAUGACAGACUGCUGCUCGAAACUCAUGAGGAAACUCAUGAGGAUGAGGAUGGGAAAAAGAAGUUGGUUGUUUAUGAUCCAAACAAUGAUACUUUUGAGGUUACUAGGUUUACAAACAUCCUAAAUGUCUGUCUUGAAACUUUGAUUUCACCUUGUUCUUAAUGCUAGGAUGUUUUAUUUUCUAAUCACCAUUUCAUGGAUUAUUGUAAUUUAUGUUUGUCAUUGUUGUUUAGUCCCUCAUCUUGUAUUACAUUUAUAUAUUUCACAAUAAUUAUAAUUUUAAAGAUUAUAAGUAUGAUUUAGAUGUAUGUCUUUGUAUCUUGUGAUUUUAGAGGUGCCUUUAGCAUCUUUGUUAUAAUCAAACAAACAUUUUUGCGGACUUAGAUAUGAUGCUGAAGCAUAAUUUAUUAUAUUCUGCACCACCUAGAUCUAUGCAUUAUACUUUGAGAUUGACUUAGUUUUGGAGCUAAAUGCUCUGCUCAUGAAUUCAUGAGUGCAUGUUAAGUGGUUUUUAUAUAGAGUUCUAGUAGGAAAUCCUUCACAACCAUUACAUCAUUCAACCUCUUCACAAAAGACCCUCUUCCUUGUUGGCAUUCUCAUUGGAGAUGUAAGGAAUCUCGACUUUGACGGUGAUCUAAGCCUGAUUUUUCCGUUUGAGUCUCUUGUUUUGCUUCCCAUGAGAUUGGUGCGCUGAUUUUGUAGACAAUGAUUAUUUUUCCGUUGCAGAUGUUUGCAUAGGCUUUUUUUAUCAACCUUAUAGAUGAUGAUGAUGAUGAUGAUUGAUGAUGUUGAAGUACUUUCUCUGUCAAGGAUUUUGAGGUUGUUGAAAAAAAGUUCUAAAUCAUAUGUGAAAAUUCUGAAAAAGGUAGGUGUUGUUCAAAUAUUGGAAGACAUGUAUUUAGUAUUUUAUAAAGAAAGACUUCUUUACUCUGAAAAAGUUCUAGAUCAUUUAAUAUUUUUUCAAGGGACACUUGUUCUACUCAUCCAUAAUAUACUCUCUGAGCUGAAUUUAAAUCUUGAACUGUGAUACAUUUUGUACUUGACUUUCUCAUUUUGCCAAUUGUUUGGCAUUUUUACAGCAGCACCAAGAAACUACUAUACAUUUUCAUGUUAUAUUUAUCAAUCAAUGAAAGUUAAGUCUAUCACAUUAUGCAUGCAUUCCACUCUUUCAAAUUACUAUUGACAACACAGGUAAUGCUUCUGGUCAUCGGUGGAAAAGGCGUUGACGUUUAGGAUCACAAGCGUGACCUAAGUUUUUCUGGUACUUAUUCUUUUAAUUCUUCUUCUCUUCCAUACAAUACAAAUCACUUUAUCUUUUCAAUUCAAGAAAAAUGAGUGAGAUCAAAAUGCAGCAGAUUAUUCCAAAUUUGGGAGUCAGGUUCUUUAGCUAUGAGCUAGCAUCUAAGUAUGCUAUGCACAUCAACUGGUUGUUUUUCAUUUAUGAGUGGUUUCAUUGAUCGAAUUCAACCUUUCCAAUCCUCAGUAGUUUCAGGAUAGAUGACUUCAAAUGCUAUUGCAAAUUAAAAUCUCUUUUGAUGAACUUAAGCAUCAAACAUUUGAAUGUUCCUCUUGCUUCAAAGACAACUCAUAACUUGCAGAUACUCAACUUCCAUUUCAGGUGCAUUUCAAGUUCCAUCGAAGUUUCACUCCAUCGACUCCAUUCCAAAGAAGGGAAAGCCAACAAAAGGUGUGUAUUGUUUUGUUGUUUUGUGCCAUUCAUUUGUCAUUCUGCUUUGUAAUAUCGUCCACUGUGAAGUAGAUUCCAUUUAGAUAUUCGAUAACAAAGUCCUUUAGUCCACUCUAUAGAGAAUUAAAUUUAAGUAAAGUGUUACUGUAAUAAUAAGCUUCAAUUAACAAAAAGAAUUGUGUAUGACUCAUAACUGUCGCAGAACAGAUCUGGUUCAGCACUUGCACAUUUCGGUUCAGCAUCUGUGACAUUUAGUACAACCACUGUGCACUUUGGUUCCACACAUGGACGAUGCUUUAUUGUACUUUUUAUUUUUGAUGUGUUUCCGCAGCUUCUGUGAAAAAGUCACACGAAAAGUGGAUUGAUGCACGCUUUGGUGGUAAGAGUUUCUCAAAAGAAAUACCUCCUUGAGUUUUAGUAAAAAUAUUUAACUUCAUACUAAUUAAGGAAUUUAGUUCUCAAAAGUCCCUUUGAUGAGAACUUUUUUCAUGAGAUUAGAAGAGUCAUUGUAAACCAAAAACCUAAGAGGUGUUUUAGGAGUAAUAUUGUUUAAAAUAGUUAAAUUAUAGGGAUAAAGAUGGGCGAGACUUUCAUUUCAUUCCGAAUUACUUACAACUGAAUGCGAGACUUUGGUAUCAAAUUAUUGGUAAUUUUCAGGUUUUCGUGUGAAGCAUCACUGCAAUAAGGAAUAUCUUACUGUGGAGCAAAGAAUUUGACAUCCAAUGCAUAACUUUCCCGAGUUUUCUACAGACUGUCUUGACAAGGACAAAUACUUUCACCAUUUUUGGAUCCAUGUAACUCUGACAGAAAUUACUGAGGCAGCUAUGGAAUUGGGAUCAGAAGUAAGUAAACGAUUAAACUGAUAUAUUCUCCUGUCAGAUUAUAUAUCAAUAGCACAAACUAUUAGAUUGAAAGAGAGUGGAAGUUUAAAAUAAUAGUAAACCCAUAUUCACUUAUUCAAAGAUAGAAAAUAUAAAAAAUUUAUUAUUUCUUUUCAUUUAUCGUUUGAUAAGAAUGGAAAUGAAUAUGUUAAGUUACUUAUAUUUAUUUUUAUUCCUUGUAUUUGAAGAAUAAUAUUUUGAUUUGGAACUAUAUACUAAUCAUAAACAAAUGGAGUUGUAAUAUCCAGGCUUGGAAACCAAAGUUUGGAAUUUUAAUAGGAGGGACCAAUUAGAAAGUAUGAUUUUCUGUCUGUCUCAUGCGCAAAUUGGUUAUGGCCACUCACUAGCCAAGGGCAAGAAAGCAAGAGACAACCUUUAAGAGAAACAAGGUAUAGAAAGAAACAAGGUAUUGCUGCCCACUAGAUAGUAACAACAUCUCACCAGUUUUGGUAAUAUAGUAUUGCUUUGGAGAUGAUUGAUAAAAUAGCCUCAUGCUUAUAUUUUUUCAUAAUUGUUUCAAUGGUGAUAGUGUGGCUAGAUUAUUAUUUAAAUUAAUCAUCUUUAUAGCUAUGUUUGGAUUGAUAAAAUGGAAUGGAAUGAAAUGACUAUGUUUGAAUUAAUAGUUGUUUCAAUUCUGAUUUUACUUUUCUAUAUGAAAGUGAAUUAUGUUUUUUAGGUCCUAGAGUACAGGUUUUAUGUGCUAUAGUGUUUACAAGUGUUAAAGAUUUCACUUGAUUAGUAAAGUUAUAAUGCAUUAUGAAUUAGAUAUUUCAAUAAUGGCAUGUUUUCAUGGAUUUGGUUGAUAUCGUUGAUCUUUUUGCUGCUACUGUCUAAUACAAAUUACAAUUCUGUUCAAUUCAAACCCCUUAACAACUUUUUCUUGCUUAUAGACAAUGUGGAUCUUGGAACUGCUUGCGAAAAGUACUAUAGAGUGUGAUGUCUCAGCAUAUCUUGGCGCGUACGGCUGCUAAUUGUGAGAAACCAAAGUCUGGGUCAAAGUACCAAUAUGCAGAGUUCAAAUCAACAGGUUAAUUCUAAGUUAGGUGUCAUUCUAAGUUAGGUUAAUUCAACCUCUUCCCAAAAGACCCUCUUCCUUGUUGGCAUUCUCAUUGGAGAUGUAAGGAAUCUCGACUGUGCCGGUACCUUAAGCCUGAUUUUUCCGUUUGAGUCUCUUGUUUUGCCUUCCCAUGAGAUUGGUGCGCUGAUUUUGUAGACUAUGAUUAUUUUUCCGUUGCA